UGUUGGGCUGUAAAAAACAAAACAAAUUUUCAAAACAAAAAAUCGUUUACGGUUUUUGUACGGAUUUUCAGUCUUUUCUACCGUAAUCUUGGGCCGAAAACAUGAGCGCCCGCGACGGAAAUUCUAAAAAAGUUGGCCGUCCGGCAAUCAACGUGGCCAUCAACCCGGGAAGCAUCAAUCUACCGGCCGGGGUAGCAAAUAUUGUGGGUGCCGCGGUCAGCAGCGCUAGUUCGGCAGGUCACAGCAACGGUUUGGAUGGUUCCGGAGCGAAUGGUGAGUAUAUCCCGGUAUUUUAUGAGGAGAUAUCCCAAAUUAUGCGCGGUUAUGGAGACUGCGAAAAACCGCUGCGAGAGUCAGUGAUACUGGUGGAGAAAAUAGUGCUGAACCAAUUGCGCGGAAUCAUGCAGGAAGCGAUUGACCACGCGAUGUCCCGGCAGAACGCUCCAGUUUUAAGUCGUCGGGAUUUUGAGUAUAUCAUGCGCAAAAAUCCGGUUCGGUUGGCGCGACUACAAAAGUACUUCCGGGAUAUGGCUUUCGUGAAGAAGAAGAUGAAGGAUCUUUACGGGGAUCGAUUUUCGCAUCUGGGAGACAUUGCUUCGAACCUGGAUGAAUCGGAUGAGGAUUCGGAUCGGGACGUUGCGGAAAAGUUUGACGAGGAAAAAGUGCGGCGCCUUUUUCGGGCCGAUCGCAUUUCGCAAAUUUUGGCUGGCAAACAGUACGAGGAAUUCAAUUUGGCUCGCAGGACAUCGUUUAUGCAUCGGAAUACGAACACCAUGAAGAUGAGAAUGCGAGCCUGGUUGAACUUUCCCGAGGAUGUGAUUAUUUCACAGAGUUGCUUGCUAACUUUGUCUUAUUUGGCUCACGAAACGAUUGCGGUGCUGGUGGAUUUUUGUAUUCUCACCCGUUUGAAUUCCUCCAAUAGAACAGUUGAACCGUAUAGCAGAGUUACUUCGUCAGGAACCUCACACUCAAUGAUACAUCUCUGUCCGGAGGUGACUCACGGACGCGGAAUCGACGGUGUGAAACCGAUUACCCCGCAGGAAAUCCACGAAGCAAUGCGAAGGCAUCGUCAGAUGGCUACCCAAACUUUGGGGCACUUCCGUAACAAUGCACUGAACUGCAAAACUCCCUACCUUGCGAUGUAGAUUUGGUUCGAUUUGGAUUUACGGAUAAACUCGCUGGGGGAUACUCGAAUUAAAAUUUCACAUUUUAAUGUUUUUUUACAAAAUAAAACAAUCUUUUCUUAAUUGUAGGUAUUUCUA